UUUAAGUUAAUUCAUCUUUUUGAAUUAAAGUUAAAGUCAUAAGUAUUUAUAUUUAAUUAAAGUUGAAAUUUACAAAAUAUUUGUGUAAUUUAUAGUAUUGUUUUUAUUAUAGAUUUUUGAUUUUAAUUGCAAAAAGUUUUAUCUUUUAAGUUAAUCAAAAAUCAUAUUAUUAUUAUUUGUUUCGUUAGACAAUUGAUUUGUCUACUGAUUAGCUCGGCAAGACAAUUAGAUUGUCUUGCUGAACCGGUUUUUCUGUUAUGUUUCAAACAACUCGGCAAGACAAUUGGAUUGUCUUACCGAGCAUGCAUUGUUACUGCCUGAUUGUAUCAGUAAGACAAUUGAAAUUGUCUUACUGACACUUGUUUUGUCUGCUUCGUUAAAAUCUCGGCAAGACAAUCUCAAAUUGUCUUACCGAGACUUAAACUCGCGUUUGUCUUACUGUUGUGUAUAUAAAUCGCUAUUAGACAAUCAAGCAAGACAAUUUACAUUGUCUUGCCCAAAGCUUCAUCUUCUCCAACUCGUAUACAUAUAUAUAUAUACACGAUCGGUCUAGGUUUUCAAGUUUCGCCACGAAAACUUGCUGUUUUACGGUUCUUCAAGCUCUUGCUUGCUGGUUUCGAUUAAAUCUCUGGAUUUAAGUCGAAACUCUGCCGAUUUUUCACGAAAAUUAAACCCGUUUUUGGUUGUGAUUAGCUUGGGUUUUUGGCUGUUUUCGAAGCUUGGAUUGGAUUGAUUAUCUGCGUGUGCCAUCAGUACUGUAGUUUUUGCCGAUUUGCUUGUGUUUGAAUUUAGGGUUCUUGGUUUUUGAAUUUGGGGGUUUUUGCAUUAAGGCUGUGUUUGGUUUGGAGAUAGUGGAAGUUGGGUGUUUGAUAUUAAGGGCGCGUUUGGCUAAUCUGAAUUAUUUGGGACUUUAGGCCGUGUUUGGAAUUCUAGCUUGUGGAGUUUAAUUGUUGAGUGCCAUUUAAGUUAAUUAAAUUUUAAUUCGAUAAUAUUUUAAUAUUUCGAAUUAUUAAUUAAUUAAUCACUUUUAAUUAUUAGUUGAAAUUUGCGAGACAUUUGAGAAUUCACAUUUAAUUUGAAAAGUUCUCGCUUAAUUCAAUUUUUAAUUAUUAAAAAUGGCCGGAGAAUUCGUGGUUGCUGAGACUAAUUACCUUGCUAGCCUUAACCCUGAUGACUGCUCCGAUAGAUUCCGUACUUGGGUCAGAUUUCUUUCGAGACAAAGUUUAGUCAGUACUGCACUCACUACAGAUAUAGAAGUCAAGCUGCAACCCUUGUUUGACUUCUACUCAAAUGCUGUCAACUCUACGAUCCUGGAGAACUACAAGAUAAUAGGGGAUCUACCUAACCGGAAGAGGAUUGUCAUCACUGUUGAUGAUGUCAACAGGAUCCUAGGUUUCCCAAGGGACAAUUUUGAGCCAGAUCCAACUGAUGACGAGCUAAGACAAUUCUUUCAAGAUAUUCACUAUCAAGGGCAGAUUUUUCUCCCGAAGAUGUCAAAAGGAAAUCUGAAAGCUGAAUGGGAUGUAUUCUUUGACACCCUUGCCAAGGUGUUUGCUCCCACUAAUCGAAAGAAUUUUGGCAAUAUAUCUUCGAUGCUGCAGAUCUUUGGAUUCAGCAUAGCUUAUAACCGUCGGAUCAACUUUGGGAAGAUAUUGCUAAGGGAAAUUAUCAGAAAGAUGGGGUCUGUUACACAGAGAUCAAUUCAGAGGAAUGAGAAAGUUGAAUGCUUCUACCCCAGAUUCCUGAUGUUGUUUAUGAAUGAUAAGAUGAAUGAUGAUGAUAGGCACAUGUACGUCGAUUCUCCUGUUGUUCCUAUUCAGAGGACUUGUGCCAAGAUCCAAACUAGGCUGGUCAACAAGAAAAAGCAUGACAAUGUACCACUGGUGGUGACUCCAUUCAUGCUCGAGCAAUUCAGUGUUCCUUUUCAGCCUGUACAAGUUCCAGAACCACUACAACAACAACAAUAUCAACCACAACAACAACAACAAGCUCAACCACAAGAACAACCGCAACAACAAUCACCUCCACACAACCCUCAACCACUUCAACUCCUACAAGACUAUCAGUCGUCCAGCCAAUCCUCACAUUACUCUCCCUACAACCCUCCUUACAAUUCACCACAUCAAUCACCUCACCAAACAUCAUACCACUCUCCUCAACAAUCUCAACACCAAUCCCCUCCACAUUAUAACUUCUUCCCAGACCAACAAGCCUCCAUCCUUCCAUCUCAAUCUGAACCAAUACCUUCACCUACACAUCCACAUACCAUUCCUCCACCACAAUCCACCUCUCAGCCUCUGCCUGCUGAUUCUGCUAUCAAUCCAGAGCUACAGGACUUCAGGACAGAUUUACAGGUAGCUCAGGUACUUUCUAAUCUCACUGAUACCUUUAAUAUUGAUAUUGCAGAUUUUGAUUGUGAUAUUGGAUUUGAUUUCCAGACUCCCAGCAUUGAACCUGUAAACACCCAGGUUCAUAACCAAGCUGACGUUUUCAUUUCAACAACUGAUUCUUCGUCAAACACAUCAACCAACACUACUCAAACACCAGUUGUUCGAAAGGUAGCCCGGAAACGGAGUGGUAGUGCAAUUCUGAGAGAACCCGCAGCUCUGUCUCAUAAGAAGAAAAGGGUGGCAGAACCGGAGACAACUGCAGCCACAUCCAUUUCCUCCCAAAAGGAUUUGGACACUGACAUGGCUAUACUUGGCAACCUGCAAGUACAUCAGCCUUCACAGGCAUCUGAAGGACAAUUUGUUCCUUCACAACCUACAGUUCCAUCUUAUGGUACUAUGGUUGUCUAUACAGGUACUGGUGACGGUGUGACAAACACGAGUGAAAUCAGGCAAACACCGAGCGAAACACAUGCACGAGAGGAUAGUGAUAAAUCUUUGAGUGUUCGUGAGGUGAGUGCACACACCAACACUGAUCUGUUACAGGAACAAUUGGCUGCUCUGAAAGCUGAGAUUUCAAGGUUGAAUGCUGAGAAUGCCAGAUUCAGAAGUGGAGAGUUGGUGACUCUACAGGAAAAGGUUGUUGAUCCUUCAUAUUCUUCUCUCAAACAGGAAUUAGAUGCUCAUGUCAAGGGUAUUCACUCUAGGAUGGACAAGUUUGAUCAAUCUCAGGAGCUCUGUCUGACAAAGCUUGGAAACUUGGAGCAAACUCUGGCUCAAGUUGUUCAUCACUUAAAGCUUAAUCCGUCAACAGCUCAGUCUACUCCAGAGGAUCCCUCAACUAAGGGGGAGAAGGAUAAGGAAGAUAAGGACAAAGAUGAUCACAGCAAUGCUGAUGCUGGUGAUAGGAGUAAUAAGGAUGAUGCUGACAGGAGUGACAAGGGUGGAGAAAGAGCAAGUGGCACAAUUAUGAUGAUUAUCCCAAAGACAUGGAUGAUGAUGACGUAUUCGAUGCUACCUAUCGUCAGGCUGAAGAAGAAGGUAAAUUUGAUGAAAGCUAUUUGUUUCAGGAAGAACCUGUUGAUCCUGAACACGAGGAGAAUGUCAGGAAGUUCAAAGCAGAAAAUGAAGCGAGGAAGCGUAAGCUUCGUGAUUAUCAGAAACUUCUGGAAGACAAGUUGAUCACAGAGGAACA